CCGGCCUCCCGGCCAGACAUGGUUCGGUUGGCCCCGCUUUGGUGGGCUUACGGACAUCGCUCGGUGUCAUUAGAUGGCGCGAACGUGGCCGCGCGCUCGCCGCAUCCAUCCAUCGCUCGGCGAAGCCGAUCCGUCGAAGCCAAUGGCCGGCGCCCGUGCUUCCACUCACAAGAUAGACGGGGACUGGCGCUUUUCGCCAUCAUCGGGCUUUGAGGUGUUAGAACAUCGCUCCAUUGGGCCGGGCGCGUUGCUGCUUGCGUCGCUGUGGGACAGCGUCACGCUUGCGCAUUCCUUCUUAUUCAGCAAUUAACAG